AUGACCCUGCGUGAUUCACAUGGCGCCAUCAUCAAGCCAGCUCACGACAAUACCGAAGCCAAAAUCCCUGUCAAAUGCGACGAUGAUGGCAAGGACCAAGCAGAUCCCCAUAACUGGUCACGGACGAAGCGGACGUGGACAACUGUGCUGUUGUUCUGUCUAGUCUUCUCACAAGGAUGGGUCUCUGCUUGUGAUUCCAACGUCACGAAGCCGUCAGCCAGGGAAUUUCAUGUCAGUCAAACAUCUGAGACAUUGGCAACCGCUUUGUUUCUCCUUGGCAUCUCGCUUGGAAGUCUUAUCGUUGGCCCGCUAUCGGAAGAGCUCGGUCGCAACCCCCUCUAUAUUGUUCCUUCCUUCCUGUACUUGUGUUUCCUUCUUGGAGAUGCCCUUUCACCUAAUUUUGGAGCUCAAAUCGCCUUUCGCUUCCUCUCCGGCUUAGCCUCGAGUUCGACACUUUCAAUCUAUGGUGGAAGUCUGGCCGAUCUCUACACUACUGAAGAAAGGAACAAGAUCUGGCCUGUGUUCGCCCUUAGUCCCUUGCUAUCACCUAUCCUAUCCCCUGUGGCCGGUGGUUGGAUCAAUGGACAUAUCUCAUGGCGAUGGGUUUACUGGAUUGGACUCAUCAUGAGUGGAGCCUUCUUCCUUCUCGCUGUAUUCUUCCUGCCAGAGACCUACUCUCCCAUGAUCAUCCAAUGGAGAGCGCAUCAUCUGAGAAAGAUUACAGGGUCCGAUAGAUAUACCUGUGAGCUUGAAGGCAAGGAGACCCUUCGUCAGAGACUUGCUCACAACCUCCAACGUCCUGCAAAAUUUUUCACCACAGAGCCAAUCAUCAUGGCUUUGGGCUUCUACCUCAUCGUCAUUUACGUUGUCAUCUUUGACUUCCUCAACGGUUUCGAGUUCAUUUUCACAGAUGUUUGGGGACUAUCCUCAGGGGACACUGCUCUCGCUUUCUUGGGUAUCUGUCUUGGAGCAGUAAUCUCUGUUGCACUGAUGCCUCUUAUCUAUAAGGUUCAUCGCAGGAUGAGUAAGAAGGAAAAUGACGGAGAGACUUCACCAGAGACACUACUAUUGCCAGCCAUGGUGGCAUCGCCAUUCUUCGCCAUCUCGAUCUUCUGGCUCGCAUGGACCAGCUACAGGAGUGUGAGUUAUUGGUCCGCCUACGUAUCGACAGUCCUUUUUGGAUAUUCCAUGACGGCCAUCUUCGUCAGUAGCUACAGCUACAUCAUCAUCAUCUACGGAACAUACAGCUCUAGUGCUUUGGGCAGUGUCACCAUGGCCAGAUAUUUUGUUGCUGCUGGAAUGGUUGUCGCAGCCAGACCCAUGUAUAUGGGCAUCGGACAUCACUGGGCAUUGUCAUUCUUGGGUUGUCUGGGUGUAGUCUGCUUGCCGGUACCCUGGCUCAUUCACGCUUUUGGAAAGAAGCUGAGGGACAAAUCGGACUUUAUAAACCAUUGA